UCUUGCUGACGAGUUAUUUUGUUUCUGUGAACUCUGAAGAGUUCUGCAUGGAUUAUAGCACAGGAAAAUACUUGCUGAAGAAAAGGAUGAGCUGAGUUUUCAUUACUUAUUACAGAGGUAUGUAAAGGCCACAUGGAAUUUGAGAGUAAUGGUUCCACUGAUGGACUAUCCGGCCCCGGUGGGGCUGCUGUCGGCUGCUGGAGACCUGAGUAUGCCGUUCUCCAACACGGUCAAGUACUGCAUCCUGGGAAUCUCAGUCACUCUUCUUCUGCUGGCUCUGGGCAUCUUGGCAUGGCAGGCCUUCAGAUGUUGCACACAGACACAGACCACAUACACCCGGAAAGACACUGUGAACAGUGAGCUGCUGUACUCAGAAGAAAAGUCACGAACAGCAGGAAAUUUCUCAGGAGCCCCAAGUACUAGGGUGGAGGAAGUCAGCACAGAGGUCCGCAGGCUGAGUCGCUGUCUGUCUCAAGCCUCGUUUCCCUCCUCAGGAUUCAGCCAGGCAGACAGAGAUAUGGGAGAGCAGGCCAACAUUAAAAAUGUGGUCAACGGGUCUUUACGGUUUUCCAUCUACUAUGACCAGCUGCAGUCCCAGCUGGUGGUAACCGUCCUGCAGGUGGAGGGGCUUCUGGAGCACAGCCAGAUGCGUAGCCUCCAGCCAUUUGUUAAUCUAAGACUCAUGUGGGCAGGUUCAGAGGUAGUGGAAUUGGAUGACUGCACGGAUGAGAAGGGCGAAGGGACUGCAUCUGUCCUGUGGACAGUGCUGCAGGAGUGGCGGACUCGCAUUGUAAAGGGCAGCUGUAACCCUUUAUAUGGAGACCAGUUCAGCUGUAUUCUGCAAGAGGAUAAGGAGCUUCAUCACAUCAACCUCAGGAUGGAGGUGAGGGACUUUGAUAAAUUCUCCAGACACACAGUGUUAGGAGAGGUGAGGGUAGCUCUAGGGCAGCUCAACAUCUCCUACCCUCUGCAGCUACAAGAAGAUCUGAAGAUACCCCAGAAGGAUCUUGUCGGAGAGGUGCUUCUGUCUUUGAAGAUUCUUCCCACUUCUCAGAGGCUUGAGGUUGGACUGCUAAAGGUCAAAACUGGCCCCACUGAAAUAUGCUCAGAUGCAGUCCUGUAUGCCAGGAUCAGUGUGCAGUGCAACCAGAGCAAGUUGAGGUACCAAAAAACCUCUGCAGUGGCCCGCUGCCUGGUGACUGUCUUCAAUGAAGUCCUCAUGUUCUCCCUGCCAGAAUUUCCUCUAGAGCAGUGUAAAAUAUUGGUUUAUGUGUAUGAGACUCACACAACUAAGAAAUCAACCAAACAUCUGAUUGGACAGUUGACUGUCGGGAAGGAGAAGAGUUCAGAAGACAAUCACUGGAACUUAAUGAUGCGCUCAAUCCGCCAGCCAAUAGCAAAGUGGCAUGGCCUACUGAUGUGACUAACAUCUCAUGAAUGCUCUCCUGCACUUCCUGGAUGCCAAGCUGUGGAUCAGGCUGUAGAGGAAUUUGCAUCUGCUUAGCUGCAGACCCAAACAUGGACUUAUCUCUCUCCUGACACCUCAGUAGCAAAGAAUACCUUUUUGUUUCAGUCAGGACAGUGAAGUGACUGCCCAACUGAAACCUAGGUUACUCAGUCUACUUGUUCACUGACAUGUCAUUUUUGUUUAUCUCUUUUUAGCUUUAACUCUCAUCACAUUGACAAAGCUCUAAAGUACUUACAUUUGCACUCAUUAUUUAUGAUGAAAAUUAAUUUAGUUUUGCACCCACUACAUGUUUUGUUGCUGGUGUUGCUGUUAUAUUUAUCUUUAAGAUGUGCUGUUCUUUUGCUUUAUGUUGCAACUCUAAAUGUUCGGUAAAUUGAGCAAUGCACUGUAAGUAAGAGUGUUAAAUAAUGACUUUUAUUUAAGUCCAAACAUUAUAAAUUAUCUUGGAAAAAUAAAUAAAAUUCAACAGAAAAUUGUACCAAGGAUAAGUAGCCUAACUGUGGUAAAAGCAAAAUACAACAUUCAUGCAUUUAGUGGGAUUACAUUUUUUUUUAAGUAGCAACGCCCUCUUUUUCAGGAAUGCCCUGCUCACACAGUUAGAUUAACAUCUCAUUUUAUGUAUUUAUUUAGGUUUGGUCUGAAAGGUGUUUUUGCGUUUAGAGACUAUCUCACUGGGUGCACCCAUAGUCUGUAUACAAUAGGGUGCGCCACAGUGACAGUGCUUUCCUGCAUUUGUUUUAUUACUGGCCUCUGCUGCCAUCUGUUGGUUUAACAGUUUAUUUUGUUUGUGAAAGCAGAAAACCUACGUACUGUACUUUUGAACUUGCCUUCACAAACUGGGAUUGUCCAUCAGGCCCAUCAGGCCCCCCCAUCGACUGGUCCUAUUAUACAUCCAUGCCUUCAACCUCUAUGGCCCUACACUAACUGUUGCCUCAUCCUGUCUUUGCUUUUUGGGAUUUUUAUCAAAUCAAGUGUGUG